AUGCUCACUUAUCGCAAGAAAGGCGUCAUCAGGGUUAAGGUGGGGAUGCUGGAUAAAAGCCAACUGCCCCACACAACUGUUCUGGUUUUUGGCACACAAGGAUAUCCUGUUACUUUUACUCAGGAGGCUGAGCUCUUUCUACCAGCCACAAUCCCACCAUCGGAUGAUGACCCCAUGGAUCAUGAUGAUCUAGGGGAUGCGGAUCAUAGAGCAGAGAAAAGAGAAAGGGAUGCACCUGCCAAGAAAUUGAGAAGCACUGGACAGUCAGAGAGCAGCUUUCCUCACACUAGUAAUGGGGGAUCCGGCCAGGCUCCAAUGCAACAUUCAUUUGUAGUCACACCUUUGGGGAAUCGGCGACCAUGUCCGCCGAUUAAGCCGAUUGUGUUAGAUGGUACUAAGAAGCCGCCUUUGAUUGCGGUCACACCUCCCAAAGGGGGCUUUAGACCGCAUACCACAAAUGCGUUAAGUAAUCAGCAGGUUUUGGAGGGUGGUGCACUAGAUGAAGUCACAUCCACGAGCUCAAAAGAUUGUGAUUCAACACCUGGUCUGGACUCGGAGGAGGCAGGAGCUGAGGGCAGGCCGGCUGCGGUCGGCGAGAAACCACUUUGCCCGUCGCUCAGUCUGCCACCGGUAACAUUACAGACCUGUACAACGCGGCUUGGAGAGGCCUCCACGCCUCUGCGCGAAGACAGGCAGCACAGCCCGCUGAUGCGUGAGGAGCAACAGCGGUCGCCUCUGGCUGACAGUGCUGGGGCUGCGCUACUAGCGAGCCAUUCGGACGGAGUCAGAAAAUAUCAGGGGAAAUUUACAACAAAUAUGGUACCUGCUCAAUCAGGAAACUCGGGGUCUGGACAGCUGGAGAACACUUCGUCAGCUGGUUUUUCGACACCAAAUAUUUAUGACGCAGCAGAUGAAUUGGUGAUGGACAAGGCUAUGCGACGGGCGGCUUCCAGGAACUUGGAUAGUCCCCUGGCUAGUUGCAUCCCUACAGAUACACCAUUCGCAUCGCAUCAGGCUCAGAACAUGAAGAACAUCCUUUGUGCUUUCGAGCAACUAUCCGGUCUCAAGGUUAAUUUCCAUAAGAGCGAAAUUUUCUGCUUUGGCCAAGAAAAGAACUUUGAAAAUCAGUACAUGGAACUGUUCGGGGUGUAA